AUGUUCUUCUUUCAUAUUUCUUUUCUUUUUCUUGUUCUUCUUUCACAUUUCUUCUUUUUCAUCGUCUUUUUUCACAUUUCUUUUGCUUCUUUUACAUUUCCUCUAUUCGUCUCCUUUCACAUUUUUUCCUUUUCUUUGUCUUCUUUCACAUUUCUUUUUCUUUUUCUUUCACAUUUUUACUUUUUCUUCUUAUUCUUUCACAUUUUUUUUUCUUCGUCUUCCUUCACAUUUCUUUUUCUUUUUCUUCUUCUUUCACAUUUUUUCUUUUUUUUCUUCUUUCAUAUUUCUUCUUUUUCUACGUCUUCUUUCACAUUUCUUUUUCAUUUUCUUCUUCUUUCACAUUUUUUCUUUUUUUUUCUUUCACAUUUCUUCUUUUUCUUCGUCUUUCACAUUUCUUUUUCUUCUUCUUUCAUAUUGCUUCUUUUUUAUCAUCUUUUUCGCACUACUUUUUCUUUUUCUUCUUUCACAUUUCUUCUUUUUCUUCUUCUUCUUUCAAAUUUCUUCUUUUUCUUCUUUCACAUUUCUUCUUUUUCUACGUCUUCUUUCGCAUUUCUUUUUCUUCCUCUUUCACAUUUCUACUUUUUCUUCUUAUUCUUUCACAUUUCUUUUUUUUUCUUCGUCUUCUUUCAUAUUUCUUCUUUUUCAUCAUCUUUUUUCACAUUUCUUUUUCUUCUUUUACAUUUUUUCUUUUUCUUCGUCUUCUUUCACAUUUAUUUUUCUUCUUCUUUCACAUUUCUUUUUUUUCUUUUUCUUCUUUCACAUUUGUUGUUUUUCUUCGUUUUCUCUCACAUUUCUUCUUUUUCUUCCUCUUCUUUCAUAUUCCUUUUUCUUCUAUCACAUUUCUUCUUUUUCUUCUUCUUCUUUUCACAUUUCUUCUUUUUCUUCUUUCACAUUUCUUCUUUUUCUUCUUCUUUCACAUUUCUUCUUUUCUUUUCCUUCUUCUUCUUUCACAUUUCUUCUUUUUCUUCGUCUUCUUUCACAAUUCUUUUAUUUUCAUUUUCUUCUUUCACAUUUCUUCUUUUUCUUUCACAUUUCAUUUUCUCUUUCAUCUUCUUUCACGUUUUCUUGUUCGUUUUCUUCUUUCACAUUUCUUAUUUUUCGUUUUCUUCUUCUUUUACUUUUCUUUUUUCUUCUUCUUUUCGCUUUCGCACAUCUGUUUCAGUUCUUUCUUUUCUUUUUCCAUAUUUUUUCAUUCUUCCUCCACAUUUCUUCUACUCUUUACUUUUUCUUCUUGUGAGUGUCAAAUAUUUUAAACCUUCUUUCCUUAUUUUGUGCCUGUGUCUUUUCACAUUUCUCCGUUUUCCUCUUCUUGCACCUUCCUUUUCUUUAUUCUUUCUUCUUCUAUUUCUUCUUCUUCUUCUUCUUCUUCUUCUUCAUCUUCUUCUAUUUCUUCUUCUUCUUCUUCUAUUUUUUCUUCUUAUUCUUUCUUCUUCUUCUUCUGUUUCUUCUUUCUUCUUCCUUUAUUUCUUUUUCUUCUUUCCUUUUCUUCUAUUUUUCUUCUUCUUCGUCUUCUUCUUCUUCUUCUAUUUCUUCUUUCUUCUUCUUCUUCUUCUAUUUUCUUCUUCUUCUAAUUCUUCUUCUUCUUCUAUUUCUUCUUUCAUCUUCCGCUAUUUCUUUUCUUCUAUUUUUUCUUCUUCUUCGUCUUCUUCUUCUUCUUUUCUUCUUCUUCUAUUUUUCUUCUUCUUUUUUCUUCUUCUUUUUCUAUUUCUUCUUUCUUCUUCUUUCUUCUUCCUCUAUUUCUUUUCUUCUAUUUUUUCUUCUUCUUCUUCUUUUCUUCUUCUUCUAUUUUUCUUCUCCUUCUUUUUCUUUUUCUUCUUCUUCUUCUUCUAUUUUUUCUUUCUUCUAUUUUCUUCUUCUUUUUCUUCUUCUUCUAUUUCUUCUUCUAUUUCUUCUUGUUCUUCCUCUAUUUCUUUUUCUUCUUUCCUUUUCUUCUAUUUUUUCUUCUUCUUCGUCUUCUUCUUCUACUUCUAUUUCUUCUUUCUUCUUCUUCUAUUUUCUUCUCUUUUUCUUCUUCUAUUUGUUUUUCUUCUUCUUCUUCGAUUUCUUCUUUCUUUUUCUUUAUUCUUCUAUUUCUUUUUUCUUCCCUUUUCUUCUAUUUUUUCUUCUUCUACGUCUUCUUCUUCUUCUUCUUCUAUUUCUUCUUUUUCUUCUAUUUCUUCUUCUAUUUCUUCUUUCUUCUUCUUUCUUCUUCCUCUAUUUCUUUUCUUCUAUUUUUUCUUCUUUGUCUUCUUAUUUCUUCUUUUUAUUCUUCUAUUUUUCUUCUUCUUUUCUUCUUUUUCUUCUUCUUCUUCUUUCUUCUUCUUUCUACUUCUUCUUCCUCUAUUUCUUUUUUUUCUAUUUUCCUUUUCUUCUAUUUUUUCUUCUUCUUCGUCUUCUUCUUCUACUUCUAUUUCUUCUUUCUUCUUCUUCUUCUUCUUCUAUUUUCUCUUCUUUUUCUUCUUCUUCUUUCUUCUUCUUCUUCUAUUUCUUCUUUCUUCUUCUUCUUCCUUUAUUUCUUUUUCUUCUUUCCUUUUCUUAUAUUUUUUCUUCUUCUUCUUCUUCUUCUUCUAUUUCUUUUUUCUUCUUCUUCUUGUUCUUCUAUUUUUCCUCUUCUUUUUCUUCUUUUUCUAUUUCUUUUUCUUCUUCUUCUUCGAUUUCUUCUUUCUUCUUCUUCUAUUUCUUCCCUUUUCUUCUAUUUUUCUUCUUCUUCGACUUCUUCUAUUUCUUCUUUCUUCUUCUUCUUCUAUUUCUUUUUUCUUCUUCUUCUUGUUCUUCUAUUUUCCUCUUCUUUUUCUUCUUUUUCUAUUUCUUUUUCUUCUUCUUCUUCGAUUUCUUCUUUCUUCUUCUUCUAUUUCUUUUUUAUUUCCUUUUCUUCUAUUUUUUUUUCUUCUUCGACUUCUUCUAUUCCUUCUUUCUUAUUCUAUUUUUCUUCUUCUUUUUCUUCUUCUAUUUCUUCUUUUUCUUCUUCUUCUAUUUCUUCUUCUUUCUUCUCCUUUUCUUCUUCUAUUUCUUCUUCUUCUUCUGCUUCUUCCUGUAGUUCUUCUUCUUUUUCUUCCUCUUUCUUCUUCAUCUUCUUCUUCGUCUUCUUCUUCGUCUUCUUCAUCUUCUUGUUCUUCGUCUUCUUCUUCUUCUUCUUCUUCUUCUUCUUCAGAGUAG